AUGGUCAAGAACACCCGGCAGCGAGCCAAACCAACCACUGUGGAAGGGCUUCAGCAUGAGUGCUCAGAGUAUUUUGGGUGGCAGCCAUGCCGGUGGCAGAGUGAGGUUGCAUUCAAUCUCGUUGGCCGAGCAAAUCAAAUUUCUAUAUCCUCCACUGGCUCGGGGAAGAGUCGCGUCUUUUGGUUGCCAAUGAUCUACGAGAGCGGGCUUACCAUCAUAGUCGUUCCUCUCAAAAGUCUUGGUCAGCAGCUUGCCGACGAGUCAUCAAGGGAAGGGUUCCAUGCCGUCUCGGUCACCUCGGAACUUCUAGGGGAAUCACCUGGUCUAUUAGAUGAAAUCAGGAAAUCCGCGUUCCGGACCGUAGUGCUGUCACCCGAAAUUUCAGUGGAUCCGCGUUUCAUGAAAAUAUGGACUGACCCGAAAUUUAAGCGUAAAAUCGACCAUGUCAUAGUGGACGAGGCCCAUUGUGUUAGCCAAUGGGGGAGGGACUUCCGCGUUUCAUACCUUUGGCUAUCACGCUUACGUACCGUGUUAGGGGAUGAGAUUCCAUGGUACCUCACCUCAGCCACACUUCAUGUGGCCACUGUUCGCGAUGUACUGAACAUAAUCGGACUGCCAAAGGAUACGUCAAUCUAUAGACGUUCCAAUGAUAGACCCAACAUUCACCUGUGCGUGCGUGCAAUGAAAUACACUAUCGCAUCGCGCUUUGACCUCGCAUUCUUGGUCCCCCCCAAUGCAAAGCUGGAUGAUGCAGAGUGGGUUCGGCAGUACAUCCCGCAAUUCCUCGUUUACUGCAAUUCACGUGCGGAUACGGAGAAAGUGGCCAAGUUCUUGCGGAAUCGCCUGCCUGCUGACGCGUGGGGCCGAAUUGUCUGGUAUCAUUCAGGAAUGUCCGAGCCGUUCAGAAGAGAAAUGAUUGAGGCCUUUGAGGCCGGUGAGAUCUUGGGUAUCUGCUGCACAGAUGCCUGUGGAAUGGGCCUCGACCUGCACCGCGUCAAGAUUGUCGUCCAGUACCGAUUACCAAAGAAGAUUGAUGCCAUGGUCCAACGGUUUGGGCGGGCAGGGCGUGAUCAAUCCAUAGACGCCAUUGCAAUUCUCAUGGUAGAGAAGGCC